AUGAGGAUAAAACUAGAUCCGCAAGCCUUACGCAAUCGUCUACUAAUAGCGAUAAUAAAAGAAAAGGUGGACACUACUUCCGCAAGCGAACUUCCUGAAAUUGCAACGUCUUUUUACGAAGAACUUAAAUUCUGCCACGAUCAACGGGAUCAAGCAGAGCAGGUUUUCAGAAAAACGGUCGAAUGCCUUUUAAACCAUCAUGACAAGAAAGUGAGAAAAUACAUGAAAUAUAUGAAGAACGAUGAUUAUCAGUUUCUUGGCUUACGAACUUGCGAUCAAUAUUGGAGAAGACUUGCAACUGAAUAUUAUGCAAAGGAAGGGAGUCUUUAUCAACUUCAACACAGGACCAACGCAGAAAAGAGAGUUAUGGAAUUUGAUACCAAAAUUGGGCAAAAGUGGAUAGAUGAUCUUGACCAUCAAAGCAAGAGAAGGCGCCGUGAAGCGAGUCCUCUGGGAAAAUAUUCAGAUUACGAGGUCAAAAGUUAUUGUACAGCCGAAGUUAUCAAUAUUUCUGAUCGCGAGGCAGGAGAUCAACACGGGGAACUGAAGAAGUGGGUGCUUGAAAAUCAAGUUCCUGACAUAACCGAUAAGGAAAAGAAUGCAAUAGACAAUUAUGUCCUCGACGUAUUUGGGCGUAAUGUAGAAAGCACAAUAAAGUCUAUUAAAGAGAAGGAAGUCGACCUCGAUCCAAAGGAUGCUUUGUUCGUAAAAAGAAUUUUGGAUACAUGGGCUUAUAAGUGGAAAUCUGAAUUUAACGAAACCAUGAGCGAACAAACGUAUACAGCAGUAUGGAUUGCGCCAGAUUUCGAAAUUUUGAAAAACAAAGACCCCGGCUUAUUUGAUAGUUCAUGGUGCGAAAUGAUCCAUCCAUCGUCGAAAUGGCGAAGACGGAAUGUGCACAAGUCCAAUAAGAAGACUGGUAGAAAAUGUGACGGCAUACUUUUCAUAAAAAGUUGCGCAACUGAAAGAUUAGUGUUCGAAAACGUUUGCCCCCCGAAAAAUGAGAAAUGGCCAAAGUAUUACAGAGAUCUGAAUAAGUCAUUCCGCAAUGCAGUCGAUACUCUGGGUAAAAAGUUUUGGACAAAUAAGCAAGGAGACGUGGAAAUCUCCAGGAAAUAUAGUGAAUUAGUCUAUAUCGUGCACAGAAACCAAGGCGAACUCUGGAGAGUAUGCCUGGCCGGCAAAGACAAAUUUCUUGCUGAAAGAAUUUACAAGUUGGAAGUACCUUGGAAAUUCGAAGAUGACUGGACGAAAUUAGCGGAUAUUUGUAAAAUGUUAUUACUGAUAGAAAGAAUUUUCAGGUGGAAUGACGAUGUCUAUCACGAUUAUACGAAAUCUACUCAGAAAAGGAAUAUUGUGCGUGUAGCGGAAUGGUUGUCAUUAAACCUAACCUCUCCAAAGAAAACCAUAAAAAGAAAAUGA